CAAAAAGAGAAUUCAAGUGGACCCUUUUUUUAACACUCUCAAAUAACUAACUUUUCUGAUUCAUCUUUCUCCAUCCAUGCUCUCUUAAAAUCUCUCUCACUUUCUCUCCCAAAACACUCUACUUCAUUCCCUUUUCCUCUUUAUAUUUCAAGUUUUCUCUCUUAUCAAUGUUGUUCAAACACUCUCAUGCACUUGCCUUCACCUUCAAGUCACUACCAUUGUGUGAAAACUCAUAAAACACAUCAAAACAUGGAUGUUGUAUGUUUUGGUUUUGGUUUUAGUUUUAGAAGGCUGUUUCUUGGAGCUUUGUUAUCUUUAGGAAUCAUGUGCUUUAUGUUUCUUACUAUCUCAACCAUGAAUCUUCAAACAAAAAGAACAAUUCUUGUUCCAAUGAAUGUGAAUGUUAUCUCCAAGCAUUUAAAGUUGGUUGGUAUCAAGAGACAUGUUCUGCAUUCAAAUUCCAAACUUGUCUAUGUUAGCAAGAGAAGAGUACCUAAUGGCCCUGAUCCAAUACAUAACAGGAGAGCAGCAAAAUAUAGACAACCACCUAAUCAAGCAUGAACAUGUUGAAGUUCCACAACUAGUUGAGGAAAAAAAUCAUAGAAGAAAUCAUGAUUUUUUGUGUUGAAGAAUUCAAAGUGUGUUCUAUAAGAUAUUAUUGUUGUUACAUAGUAUUUUAAGUGUUUUCAAGCCUACAAGUGUGAUCCUAAUGUUAUCUUUUUUUUCUUCUUCUUUUUCUUCUUUCUAAAUGUAACUUUUUGUCGUUGUAAAUCAAGUUUUUAGGUAAUGAAUUAACCAAAAUUUUGGAUUACAAUAUGUUAUAUAAAUUUAUGAAGUAAAAAAAGGUAUAGUCU